UUAUUAUUAUUAUUAUUAUUAUUAUUAUUAUUAUUAUUAUUAUUAUUAUUAUCACUCAUGCGUCAUCCUUGUGCUAUCUUAUCAGAAACAGUAGGUGUACCAGAAUCAUCGUUGCGUCUCCUUCUCACCAUUUUGUUGGCGUAUCCUGUGGCGGCAUGUUACCAAUCACUCUUUUACUCAAAUAGUAGGAAAGCAAAGGAAGACGAAAAAGAAAAAAUCAAACAACAAUUUACAAAGGCUUUUGAAACACGCAAUACAUAUGUUCUUGUGUCUGGAUUGGCCAUGUCUACCUUCUUUAAUGGUUGGGCUGUGUAUCAUUCUCUCUUGACAUUGAUCGUCAGUUACUUCCUUUGUCUUGUUUUUCAAUACCAACGUACUGUGGCUGUUGCUGGGGUAUGGAUCUUUAAUGCGGCUUAUCUGUUAGGUGGAUAUUAUGUCAUGGCAGCGGAUGAUUAUGACAUCUCUUGGACAAUGACACAAUGUAUUCUCUGUCUUCGACUAUUGGGCUUUAGUAUGGAUUUCAUGGAUGGUGGUAUAAAAACCAAUAUAACGGCUAUCACUGCUGAAAAUAAAAAAGUUCAAACAUCAAGACCUUUAUCCUUUGGUGCCAAUACAGCUUUAACCACCCUUCCUUCCUUGUCUCAAGUGGCAGCUUAUUGUUUUUUCCCUUCUUCGUUUUUGGUCGGUCCUCAGUUUUCGUUCUCUUUGUAUCAGGAAUGGCUACAAUUUUAUGAACCUCAUCCAUCCUCCAAAUCUAAGCAACGGCAACGGUAUGCAUUCAAAUGUGCCAUAUGGGGUAUCUUUUAUCUGGUCUUACAACAACUCAUUGGUGUUCACUAUCCUACAACUUACCUCUUGACUGAUGAUUAUGCUGGUUUACCUCUUCUUCGACGAUGUGGAAUCUUUUGGUUAGUAGGCAAAUUUGUUUUUACAAAAUAUUUGGGAGUAUGGCUUUUGACAGAAGGUGCCACGGCUCUGUUUGGGAUUGGAUAUGAAGGACAAUUACCUAAUGGACAAUAUUCUUUUGCAGGUUUGGCCAAUGUGGAUCCAAUCAAAUAUGAAACAGCUACAUCCAUUGAACAUAUCAUUGGUAGUUUUAAUAUCAAUACUAACUACUGGUCCAAAUAUCAUGUAUUCAAACGAUUACGAUGGAUGGGAUCCAAGACAGGUUCACAGAUGGGAACAUUGGCAUUUUUAGCGAUCUGGCAUGGAUUUCAUUACGGUUACUUUACGACAUUUUUGAUGGAAUUCUUGGAUGUGAUGGCAGAAGGCAUUUUACGAAAAUGGAUAGCUCUCCUCUUCCCUACCUGGUCAAAUACUCCUUCAUCGAUCAAGACAAUCUUGGCUUGGUGUUUAUGUUCAUCUACCCUUUUCUAUGCUGGUGUUGGUUUUGAUUUACUUUCUCUUACUUCAUCUUGGGUUGCUUAUCGUCAAGUUUAUUUUAUUGGUCAUAUCCUCCUUGCUUCUCUUUUAGUGUCUUCCUUAUUUUUACCCUCUAGAAUCAAAAAGGAUUAGAUGUGUUAUUAUUAAUAUAUUAUUGAUUAU